AUGGAAACAAUAUUGGAGCAACAACGACGAUAUCAUGAAGAAAGAGAGCGAUUGAUGGACGCGAUGGUGAAAGAGAUGUUGCAUAAAAAGGCGGGACAUCGCGAGAACAUCAAUUCGGAGCAUCGUUUGAAGAUGUUGCUGGAUCAGUUUAUGGAUAGUACAAUGCAUUUGCAAGAUUUGUAUGAAGAUAAGGAUGGACAGAGAAAAGAAGAGGUUCAAGCACUCUCCGGUCCAAAUGAAUUCUCAGAAUUUUACUCACGUUUGAAGUCCAUAAAAGAAUUCUAUCGACGACAUCCUAAUGAGAUCAGUGUUCCUAUGUCCGUUGAAUUCGAGGAAUUGGCUAAGAUGAGAGAAAACCCAACCGAAGAAUUGUCCAAUCUCGUCGAGUUUACAGAUGAGGAAGGUUAUGGAAAAUACCUCGAUCUUCACGAGUGUUAUCAAAAAUAUAUUAAUCUUAAAGGGAUAGAAAAGAUAGAUUAUAUAACUUACUUGUCGACUUUUGAUCACUUAUUCGACAUUCCUAGAGAAAGAAAGAAUGCAGAGUAUCAGAGAUACGUCGAAUCCCUCUUAGGGUAUCUGACAGAUUAUCUGAACAGAGUCAGACCUCUGCUCGAUAUAAGUACAGAGAUCGAAGAAGCUAAUAAGGAUUUUCAAAUUCAGUGGGAGAAGAAUAGCUUUCCUGGUUGGCCUAAAGAAACUGGAAGUGCUCUGGCUCAUGUUGGAGCACACUUGGAACUGUCUGCAUUUUCAUCUUGGGAAGAACUAGCGUCUCUUGGUUUGGAUAGAUUAAAAUCAGCUUUGAUGGCGCUAGGACUCAAGUGUGGAGGUACUCUGGAGGAACGGGCGCAAAGACUUUUCAGCACAAAAGGUGAAGCCUCCUUAGAUCCCAACCUAUUAGCCAAGAAUAGAAAGGGAAAAUCAGCUAAAGGCAAAGAUUCCGAGAAACAAAAGGAAAUUGCACGAUUCGAGGCUCAUGUAUAUAAACUCGCUGAAUUAGUAUCCAGUCAACGAGUGGGUACGAAAGAAAACGUACAAAGGAAACAAGCGAGAACCGAGGGUGAAAGGGGAGAUUCUGAUGCAGAAGCAAGUGCAAGCGAAUCAGAAGAAGAAGACGACAACGAGGUUCCAUACAACCCAAAGAAUUUACCAUUAGGUUGGGACGGAAAGCCUAUACCUUACUGGUUGUACAAGCUGCAUGGCUUAAAUAUCAGUUACAACUGUGAGAUUUGUGGAAACUUUACGUAUAAAGGUCCAAAAGCAUUCCAAAGACAUUUUGCCGAAUGGAGACAUGCACAUGGCAUGCGUUGUCUUGGCAUUCCGAAUACAGCGCACUUUGCUAAUGUCACUCAGAUUGAAGACGCUCUUGCUCUGUGGGAAAAACUGAAAGCGCAGAAACAAGCCGAACGUUGGCAACCAGAGCAGGAAGAAGAAUUUGAAGAUUCGCUUGGCAAUGUAGUCAAUCGUAAAACAUAUGAAGAUCUCAAAAGACAAGGUCUGCUAUAAAGUAUACAUCUGAAAAUCUUAUUGUAAUUUUUUAGUAUCAAUUGCAUCACUAAUUUUUUAUAAUUCCACUUGUUCAU